UAUGAACUGUUUAUUAUAUAGGGUUAGCAUCCUGCAACCCAAGGAAGGAUUUCAGACCUGCAACCCAAGGAAGGAUUCAUGACAUUGCCUGGAUGGCCAGUGUCAACAUGGCAACACCAACAUGAUUUGUGGCUUUAGAAGACAAAGAGGAUCAUGAUGAAACCAGGGAGCCUGGACAACUCAUGAUCCAGAUCCCAGUUUUACUGUCAACAGACUGAACAAUGCCCAGCUAAUUCAGCAUCAAAACCAAGUCAUGAUGACCAGCCCUCCAGGAUUGCUCUGCAUUCUGUUAUUCCUGCUGACAUCUGUAUUUGGGCAGGGAUCUUCAAGUCUGGUUUGCUUAUUCAACUCUGUGGAGAAUCUUGCAUGCACUUGGACCCCCAUCAAAAAUGCUACAGAAGUGCCAUGCAAAAUCACAGCUUCCGUCAACUAUGGGAAACCACCUAAGACAUGCCAACCGAAGGGUACAGGAAGCAGGAGCUGUCAUCUAAUUCUCAAAGAUUACAGCUUGACCAUUGUAGACGAUAUUACCUUGGAUGUGUCCUGCCAUAGUGGGAAGAAGUGGGAGAGUGUUGAGAAUCUGACAAUGUACCCCUUUUAUAACAUUCAACUUGAUCCUCCUUCUAAAGUCCGACUGGAAAAUGCCAGCAAGCAUUCCUAUAGUUUAACUUGGGAGUUCAGUGAUCUCUCUCAUUACUUAGAAGGAAAAUUGGAAUAUGAAGUCCAGUAUAAAAUUAACAAUUCUGAUGAGGCUGCCAGAAUCCUCUCAAUCAUUCAGGAUCAGAAAUGGGUAAAAUUUGAGAAUCUUUCUCCUGACACAGUGUAUGAAGCAGCUGUUCGUGCAAAAGUUCAAAAGAAUGAUGGCAUUUACAAGAGUAUUUGGAGCCGCUGGAGCACACCAGCAACAUGGAGGACCGAACCUAAAGCAUCUCCAAGUGUUCUCCUUCCAGUGCUUCUUGUUGGAAGUCUAGUCACCAUCUUCGUCAUCACCAUUACUUUGUUGGGCAAAUCUGCACUGUCAAAAUGCUUGAAGAAGGUGCUGAGAGUCCAGUUACCAAACCCAGAUGAAUUCUUCCCACCUCUCAAUGCAGUCCAUGGAGGAGAUAUCCAGAAGUGGUUGUCCCCUCCAACAUCCAUGGCUUCCUUCCAACUUGCUACUGAAGGCCCAGAGGUUUCUGUUCUUGAGGUAAUUCAAAAGGACAGCCAGGGGACUUCUCCCUUCCUUCUCAAGGAAUAUUGCACAAAUAUGAAUACCCCAGAGUUGAGUGGCCAUUCCUUAUCCAGCUGUUUUACCAAUGGUGGCUAUUUUUUCUUCCAACACCUUAACUCAUUUGAAAUUGAGCCCUGCAAGGUGUACUUCACCUAUGACCCGCUUGCUCAAGAGAGCAGUGACUCUGCUGAUUCUUGCUCCUACAAAGUGCUCCAUGAAACUGUUGACAACAGCCAGUUGUCACCUAUCUAUAGUAAUAUGGCAACUCAGGAAAACAGUUCUUUCCUACAAGAAUCAAAGGACUCAUCCCAGAAAGGUCGAGAUGUCUCAGGAGCUUUUCCAUCAUGGGGGACCUUCUCAAAAGAAUCAAGCAUGGACGAGGAAGAGACCCAAGAUGGGAGUAAGCCCACUGUUCUGCUCUUGAAGGGUCCAGAAGAGUUUCACAUGGGCUGUUCAAUUCUCCCAGAGAAAUUUAAUAGUGGUAGUAAUGGCACCAAAGCAAUCCAAAGAGUAGACCUUCUCACCAGCUCUAUUGAAAGUCAUAGCUCUGUCUUUCUUCAGUCUGUGAUUCAGAGUCAAGACCAAGCCAAUGUACUGUGCAGAGCAGCAUCCCCCAGUCAGCUCCCCAUUUCCUCAGAGGGCUAUCUGUCCUUGAGGGAUCUUCAAAGCCAUUAUAGCCAUCCUUCUGUAUGAAUUCUUCAGAGAGGCAGACAAAGUUUGCCAGGUCCAAGCAGUAUAUUUCUCCAAUGCCUGACUUUUUCCACAGCCACUGCACCCACAGUCUUUCUCCCCCCCCCACCGCCCCCGCUGCUGCUGCCUACACUGCCAGUAUAGUGAUGGUGGCAUAGCAGCCCAACAGGAUUCUGGCAUCAGCACAGCGAAUUUCAGGCAUGCGAAGCACAGCUCAAAUCCAUGCAUUGCUGAUGGGCAACAUGCAGAAACAGAGCACAACAUGAUGGAAGAGGGACCAUUGACUGCCAAAAUACACAUUCACCUCUUAUUUUUCAUAUGCUGCUUUAACUUAGUUGAUCAAGAAAAGAAAGUAUGGAUUUUGAAAACACAAGAUGAGCCCAUGUAAGGAUUCCCUUAGAAAUGCCAAACUGUGCUCCUGCAAUGAAAAAAUCAUGAGGAAGUAGUCACUAUAUAGGUCACAACACUUGACUUUGUAUUCAUCAUUUUUCCUCAUAAAACAGCUUUGCAGUA